UUUCCCCGUCAGUCAAACCAAAAUAGAAAAACGAAUUCUCUUGGUUCCCCCUUCUCAGCCUCCUUUGCCUGACCUUUACUGCCCGGGACCAAAACCCUUGACAGGCACUCCAGAAAUGCCAGUAGGGUUAGAAGGGCGUGGCCUGGGUUUUUAGAGUCCUUUCCACAAAUCCGGGUGUAAGGAAACUGCAUGUUGGUCCUUCGCUGACACGGGAAGCUGUGCAGACGAUCCAAAAACAGGGCCUUAGCCCGAAGCCAAUAGCCUUCUGGACCCGGGGACGCAGGCCUUUUAAGCUCAGCUGGGCUCCUGAAUCCCCAGCGGGCUGCGGCGGCGUGUGAAGUCCCCGCCCUCUGUGGGCGGAAGUUUGGAAUCUCGACGUGUCCUGGGCUGCCCACGCAGCUUGCCGGAAGAACCCCCGUGUUCAGGGACAGGCCAGCUCGGCCUUCAGGCUGUCCACCUGGAGCGUGCUGUUGGGGUACGGGGCAGGGGUGGGAGAGAAAUACCGAGUCAAGUUUAAAACUGCAGCCAGAGUGGCUGCUGGAAACAGGCGUGUCCGGGUCAGCCCCAAGCCCGGCGGUCCAUCGGACGUCAGGACCCCUCCAGCGCCGCUGCCGCUGUUCUGGAAAAGACCCCAACCAAGAACCCGUGGGCAGCAAGGGCCCCACGGAGGCCGCCGCCGGCGUCGCCUCGGUCACCCCUCCUGUCUAGGUCAGGCUGCCUUCAGGAUGACACCUCUGCCCACCUUUCAAGGCAGGCCCUGCUCAUGGCUGCCAGUGCUGCUGCUCCUGUGCUUUGGCCUGAUUCCUGUGGUGACCAGUGAGACCCACUAUCAGCCUGGAGACCCUGUCAUGCUAUAUGUCAACAAGGUGGGCCCUUACCACAACCCCCAGGAGACAUACCACUACUACCAGCUGCCCGUUUGUUGCCCUGAAAAGAUCCGCCACAAGAGCCUCAGCCUGGGUGAGGUGUUGGAUGGUGACCGAAUGGCUGAGUCUAUGUAUCAGAUACGCUUCCGGGAGAAUGUUGAGAAACAAACAUUGUGCCAGAUGCAGCUAACUUUUGCCCAGGUUGAGCAGCUUCGCCAGGCCAUUGAGGAAUUAUACUACUUUGAGUUUGUGGUGGAUGACCUGCCAAUUCGUGGUUUUGUGGGCUACAUGGAGGAGAGUGGUUUCCUUCCACAUAGUCACAAGAUAGGACUCUGGACUCACCUGGAUUUUCACCUUGAGUUCCAUGGGGAUCGAAUUGUCUUUGCCAAUGUCUCAGUUCGUGAUGUCAAGCCCCAUAGCCUGGAUGUGGCACGGCCUGAAGAGCCUCUGGACCUCACUCACACUUAUAGUGUGCACUGGUCUGAGACUUCAGCAGAACGUCGAGGUGAUAGGCGCCAUGGUGAUGAUGGUGGCUUUUUCCCUCGAACACUGGAGAUCCACUGGCUUUCCAUUAUCAACUCUAUGGUGCUGGUGUUUCUACUGGUGGGAUUUGUAGCUGUCAUCCUCAUGCGGGUCCUUCGUAAUGACUUGGCCCGCUACAAUUUGGAUGAGGAGCCAACCUCUGGUAGCUCCACUGAUGACUUUGACCAGGGUGACAAUGGUUGGAAGAUUAUCCAUACUGAUGUUUUCCGCUUUCCCCCAUGUCGUGGUCUACUCUGUGCGGUACUUGGCGUUGGUGCCCAGUUCCUGGCUCUUGGCACUGGCAUCAUCAUCAUGGCACUGCUGGGCAUGUUCAAUGUGCACCGCCAUGGCGCAAUCAACUCAGCAGCCAUCUUGCUGUAUGCUCUGACCUGCUGCAUUGCUGGCUAUGUGUCCAGCCACUUCUACCGGCAGAUUGGAGGCGAGCGCUGGGUCUGGAACAUCAUCCUCACCACCAGCCUCUUCUCUGUGCCUUUCUUCCUGACUUGGAGCGUGGUGAACUCAGUACAUUGGGCCAAUGGAUCAACACAGGCGCUGCCAGCCACUACCAUCCUCCUGCUGCUAAUGGUCUGGCUCCUGGUGGGCUUCCCUCUCACUGUCAUAGGUGGCAUCUUUGGUAAGAACAAUGCCACCCCCUUUGAUGCGCCCUGUAGGACCAAGAACAUUGCCCGAGAGAUCCCAGCCCAGCCCUGGUACAAGUCUACUGUUGUCCACAUGACCAUUGGUGGCUUUCUGCCUUUCAGUGCCAUCUCUGUGGAGCUCUACUACAUCUUUGCUACAGUGUGGGGACGAGAGCAGUACACACUCUAUGGCAUCCUCUUCUUCGUCUUCGCCAUCCUGCUGAGUGUGGGCGCCUGCAUCUCCAUUGCACUCACCUACUUCCAGCUCUCUGGAGAGGACUAUCGCUGGUGGUGGCGCUCAGUGCUCAGUGUGGGCUCCACGGGCCUCUUCAUCUUCUUCUACUCUGUCUUCUACUAUGCCCGGCGCUCUAACAUGUCUGGCCCUGUGCAGACCGUGGAGUUCUUCGGCUACUCCUUCCUCACAGCCUACGUUUUCUUCCUCAUGCUGGGCACCAUUUCCUUCUUCUCUUCCCUCAAGUUCAUCCGCUACAUCUAUGUCAACCUCAAGAUGGACUGAGCCCAGAAUCGAGCCCCUUUGCUGCUGGGACCUUGCUGCCCUCUUCCCUAGUCAGGUUGGGGGGAAUGGGGAUAGGGGUGUCUGUGUGCCUGGGUCUUGGCCUCCUUCCUGCAGUGCCAGCCUCCACCCUUGUGGAAAGGCCCCAUGAGUCUAUAAAUAUCUAUAUAUAUAGAAGGA